UUAAAUUCACUACCACCAACUUUUUGAAAAGAAAAGAGAAGAAAGAAGGCAUGGACAGACGCCGCAGAAAACAAGCCAAGACUAGCACUUCUUGCUCUGAAGAGGUGAGCAGUAUUGAGUGGGAGUUCAUAAACAUGACUGAACAAGAAGAAGAUCUCAUUUGCAGAAUGUACAAGCUCGUCGGAGACAGGUGGGCUCUUAUAGCUGGGAGGCUUCCAGGCCGGAAAGCGGAAGAAAUAGAGAGGUUCUGGUUAAUGAGACAUGGAGAAGUAUUUGCAAGUAGAAGAAGAACAGAGCUUAAGACGACCAAUAACAGAUACAACAACUCCUGAUGAUUUUUCCCUUUUCUCUAGUUAGGAAGUAAUUAGGUUUGGCUGUUUAAUGUUGUAGCUUACCUAUCUGGCUAAUUUAUUGAAUGAGACUACUUACCCUCUCUCUCUCUUGCAUAUACAAAGACAACAUUGGAGAAUGAUUCGAUGAAAGAUCUUUGACAUUUUACCAUGUACAUAGCAUUAAUGGUUUGCCCCAUACUGCUUUGUCUUGUUCUCCUAUUUAAACAGAUGAUUGGUCUCUA